AUGCACUGCGAGGGCAAGGGAGUCGCCAAAGUCGAUUUCGACGAGGCCAACAAGUGGUUCCACCGUGCCGCAGCCAAGGGUAACGCCAGAGGGCAGCAUCACCUCGGCAUCGCGCACGAGUACGGUUCGGGAGUGACCAAGGACCUGCGAGAGGCGGCUCGCUGGUACUCCCUCGCGGCCACGCAGGGGCUGGCGGAGUCCAACUAUCACCUUGGUCUGAUGAAGGCCCACGGGAGAGGCUUCGCUCAAGACCUCAGCGGCGCCGCGAUUCACUUCCAGAAGGGGGCGCAGCAACGCCAUGCCCCGUCGAUGAUGUACUUGGGCAAAAUGUUCCUGUACGGUCAAGGGUUUCCCGUGGACUACGACAUGGCUCUCCUCUGGUUCGAGAAGGCCGCAGAGGAGGGAGCCUCACCGUUGUCGGACGAGGCUGCCGCAGCACGGGACGAGCUCAGGGCCAGCCUGCUGGAGGCCCAGAGGGUGAAUAAGGAACUCGUCGCCGGUUAUGACUACGGGCUUAUUGCUGAGCAGAGCUGA